CUGCAUGAUGUCUCUUAGCACUCCAGCUAAAGACAGUGCUCUACUCUUUUAGCCACAGCUACUUCUAACUUCAUGCUGAUUAACUGAAGAUAAACAUCUCAUGGACUCUUCUGCCUGGGCUGGCUCCAAACCAUGAUCCUCAGAUCUCAGCCUCCAAAAGGAGCAAGGAUUUUGUAAGCCACCGAAGCCUGGCCAUUUAUACACAGAGAUUUUAGGAAAUGUGAAGCAGAACUGUUGGCCAGGCACAUUUCAUCUAGGAAGUGAAAGAAGAAAGUCACUUCCUCUCUUAUUAGCUUGUGAGAAUCGUCUCAUGAAACCACAGUGCUGCCACAAAGCCUGGGACAGAAGAUUCUAGAGACUCCACAGAGAUACAGCACAACAUUAAACCAUGCCAAACUACAAACUGAUUUAUUUCAAUAUGAGGGGGAGAGCAGAAAUUAUUCGUUACAUAUUUGCUUAUUUGGACAUAAAAUAUGAAGAUCACAGGAUAGAGCUAGCUGACUGGCCUAAAGUCAAAUCAACUCUUCCAUUUGGCAAGAUCCCUGUUUUGGAAGUCAACGGACAUACUCUUCACCAGAGCCUCGCAAUAGCAAGAUUCUUGGUAAAAAACAAAGAUCUGGCUGGGAAAACAGACAUGGAGCAGUGUCGAGUGGAUGCUAUUGUGGACACCUUGGAUGAUUUCAUGUCUCGUUUUCCUUGGGCAGAGAAGCAGCAAGAUGUAAAAGAUCAGAUUUUCCAGGACCUGCUGACUCAUGAUGCACCUUGCCUUCUUCAGGAUUUGCAUGCAUAUUUAGGGGACAAAGAGUGGCUUAUUGAUAACUCUGUAACUUGGGCAGAUUUCUAUUGGGAGAUUUGCAGUACCACACUUCUGGCCCUGAAGCCUGACUUGCUAGACAUGUACCCCAGGCUGGGGGCAUUACGGAAGAAAGUCCAGGCCAUUCCUGCCAUCUCUGACUGGAUACAGAGAAGACCCCAAACCAGACUGUAGCUCUGCCAUGCCUCGUGCAGGCUCCACCGUUGGCAGACAUGGGUCCCCCACCAAAUGAGACAGCCCCACCUGCCUGACGCCCACAUCUACCCACGCACCCACACCGCCUGGCUGACUGAUGCCUGUUCCUCUCCCCACCUCCACCUCAGUUUUUGCCACAUUUUGCUUUAAUAAAGAAGUAUUUUGUUUCCA